GUAUCUGUAUAUUAACAGCAUGGACAAAUCUAAAGCAUAUAAUUUUAAAUCAACAUCGAUGUCAGAUAAUAUAUCUGAAGAUAUUAAUAUUAAGUUUAAAAAUUGUGACAUUAACACAUCUGUCAAUAUUAAAAAUGACGAAAAUAAAUCAAUCGAUAUGGAGGCACCAGAAUUCAAGGAUUUUGCUAAAGAAAUGGUUGAUUACAUUGCAAAUUAUUUGGAGAACAUAAGAGACAGGAGAGUACUUGCUGAUGUUAAACCAGGUUACCUUCGUCCACUUAUACCAGAUGCUGCACCAGAAAAAGCUGAAAAUUGGCAAGAUGUUAUGAGUGAUAUUGAACGUGUCAUAAUGCCAGGAGUAACACACUGGCAUAGUCCAAAAUUUCAUGCAUAUUUUCCGACUGCAAAUUCAUAUCCUGCAAUAGUAGCAGAUAUGUUAUCUGGAGCAAUAGCCUGUAUUGGAUUUUCUUGGAUUGCCAGUCCAGCUUGUACAGAAUUAGAAGUUGUAAUGCUUGAUUGGUUAGGAAAAAUGCUUGAUUUACCAAAUGAAUUUUUGGCUUGUUCUGGUGGAAAAGGUGGUGGUGUUAUACAGGGAACAGCUAGUGAAGCAACUCUUGUAGCAUUAUUAGGAGCUAAAGCAAAAAAAAUGAAAGAAGUUAAAGAUGAACAUCCAGAUUGGGAUGAUAAUACUAUAGUUUCAAAAUUAGUAGGAUAUUGUUCGACACAGGCACACUCUUCUGUAGAAAGAGCUGGUCUUUUGGGUGGUGUUAAAUUAAAAUUAGUUCCAGCUGAUGUUAAUAAUCAAUUGCGUGGUGAAGCACUUGAAUCAGCUAUUAAAAAGGAUAUUGAUGAAGGCUUAAUACCAUUUUAUGCUGUAGUAACUCUUGGGACAACAAAUUCAUGUGCAUUUGACAAAUUAGAUGAAUGUGGUCCAGUAGGAAAUAAAUACAAUGUUUGGAUACAUGUUGAUGCUGCAUAUGCUGGAUCGGCAUUUAUCUGUCCGGAAUAUAGAUAUUUAAUGAAAGGGAUUGAAACAGCCGAUUCAUUUAAUUUUAAUCCACAUAAAUGGAUGCUAGUUAAUUUUGAUUGUAGUGCAAUGUGGUUAAAGGAUCCAAAUUGGAUUGUUGAUGCAUUCAAUGUUGAUCCAUUGUACUUAAAACACGAUCAACAAGGAUCAGCACCAGAUUAUAGACAUUGGCAAAUACCGUUGGGACGUCGUUUUAGGGCUUUGAAAUUAUGGUUUGUUUUAAGAUUAUAUGGCAUUGAAAAUUUACAAGCUCACAUUAGACGUCAUUGUGGUUUCGCCAAACACUUUGAAAAAUUAUGCUCAGCCGAUCAGCGUUUUGAAAUUGUUGGUGAAGUUCAAAUGGGUUUAGCAUGUUUCCGGUUAAAAGGAACUAAUGAAUUAAAUGAAUUAUUAUUAAAACGUAUCAAUGGACGCGGGAAUAUUCAUUUAGUACCAUCAAAAAUCAAUGGAAUAUACUUUUUAAGAUUUGCAGUUUGUUCCCGGUUCACCAAAUCGGAAGAUAUUGAAUAUUCUUGGAAAGAAAUUUCAGAAUCAGCUUCAGAAGUAUUAAAUGAAAAAAAUUGAGCAAUAUAAUGUAAAUAAAAAACCUAAAAAUAAAU